AUGUCUUCUACCCGGCUGUACUGCAUGAACGGCGGUCAUCACCUCCAGAUCCUGCCCGACGGAACGGUCUGCGGCCAGAGGGACGAAACGGACGUCCACGUUCUUUUGCAACUGAAAGCUGUGGCUCCAGGUGUGGUGGUAAUCCAAGGGCGAGAAACGGGAACAUAUUUAGCCAUGAAUGAGGACGGCCGCUUGUACGCAUCGCCGUCUGUAAAUGACGAGUGUCACUUCCUGGAGAGGCUGGAGGAGAACCACUACAACACAUACCAGUCCCACAAGUAUCGGGAGAACAGCUGGUACGUGGCAUUGAAGAAAAAUGGGAAACCUAAGCUGGGGCCCCGGACGCACAUUGGACAAAAGGCUAUCUUCUUCCUCCCUCGACGGCUGACGCACUGA